GACAAAGGGGAGCAGCUCAGUGGGGUCAACGACAGAGGGCUGCGUCGGUUUCUGCUCCUCAUGGCCAAGCGGCUCCUGAAGUGCGCGCAGGGGGUGCGCGAGCUCGGCGGGUGCCUCUUCGACGCUUUUCUCUGCCCGUCCGACGGCCGGGAGGCGCUGGAGAUGUCAGAGCAGAUUCGCAAUGGCGCGGAGGCGUUGCAGCGCGACGGGAGGGCGCGCGCGCGGGCGUCCGCGGGGCUGGUCGAAGCGCCCAGGGUCAAGGGCUUGGCCGUGGGCGCGUCCGACGCGAUGGUGGUUGAGGGGCUCUGGGAGUGGCUGGGCAGUCUCUGCGCGGAGGAGAAAAUUGAGCCCAUCUGCCUGUGCCGCCUCGACAAGACGCACGACAAGGAGCAGGGGCGCGUCGCCUUCCUCGUGCGCAGGGGGCGCCGGCGUCUGGCUGUCAUCCAGAGUUGCGCGCAGGUGGACGUGGCUCGGAAGCGGGGCGAGGCUCCAGCGUCUCUCAUGGGGCUCGAGUCGCAGGGCUACCUCUGCCAGCUGCUGGAGUGA